UGUGUGUGUGGAGGAGAGGCGGCGACUAAAACGCUGAGCAAGCGCCACAUAGAAACGCCAGCGCAGGAUCAGCAAGACCUUCUUAUGUAGAUUUCUGCAUCACUUGAAGGCCACGGCAGCUGACGAUGAAGCGAAGCCGUGUCCCGAGCACCAGUGAGGACUCAGAUAAUGGAACACAAGAUUCAGCAGUCUUACUGUCUCUUUCAGGUAACUCCACAUCCUGGUCUCAGCAUUCCAACUCCAAGCACAUGAAACAGAAUGGAAAAAGACCCUCAGAGGUGUUCAGGACAGACCUGAUCACUGCUAUGAAGCUGCAUGAUUCAUACCAGCUGAAUCCAGAGGAUUAUUAUGAGCUGGCAGAUCCCUGGCGGCAGGAGUGGGAGAAAGGGGUUCAAGUCCCUGUUAGUCCCGACUCCAUACCGCAGUGUACAGUGUGCACUGUAGCUGAGAAAUCCCCUGCUCCUCUGUUCAUCAGGCCGAAGAAGCUGAUUCGCUCAUCUGAGUCAUCGAUGCUGGGAUACGUGGGUAUUCAGACGCUAGCUGAUGGCAUGUGUCGUUAUGACCUGAAUGAGGAGGACGUAGCUUGGAUGCAGAUUGCUAACGAGGAGUUCAGCAAGAUGGGCAUGCAACUCCUGGAUGAGCUGACAAUGGAGCGGGUCAUGGAGCAGUUUGAGCACCGUUGCUAUGACAACAUGAGCCACGCCAUGGAAACGGAGAAGGGGCUUGGCAUCGAGUACGAUGAAGACGUGGUGUGUGACGUUUGUCAGUCCCCUGAUGGCGAGGACGGCAACGAAAUGGUGUUCUGUGACAAGUGCAACAUCUGUGUGCAUCAGGCAUGUUAUGGUAUACUGAAGGUUCCUGAGGGCAGCUGGCUUUGUCGUACCUGUGCACUGGGCAUCUUUCCCAAAUGCCAUCUGUGUCCUAAAAAAGGUGGGGCCAUGAAACCCACUCGCAGUGGCACCAAGUGGGUCCACGUUAGCUGUGCUCUCUGGAUACCAGAAGUAAGCAUUGGUAACCCUGAGAAGAUGGAACCUAUCACUAAUGUGUCUCAUAUACCCAGCAACAGAUGGGCUUUAAUAUGCUGCCUGUGUAAAGAGAAAACAGGAGCUUGUAUUCAGUGUUCUGCCAAAAGUUGCCGUGUGGCAUUCCAUGUGACUUGCGGUCUGCAGUGUGGGUUGAAGAUGAACACAAUCCUCACAGAGGCGGAUGAAGUCAAAUUUAAGUCUUUUUGUCCCAAGCACUCAGGAAUGGACUGGAAUGAGGAAGAGGGAGAUGAUGACAGGCCAGUGAAGGUCCAGACCAGAGAAGAGAGAGGGAGAAACAGGGGCGUGAACAUCUCAUCCCCUUCACAGCCCAGGCUAGCACAAAACCCCGAAGAAACCAGACUCAGUGAGCGUAAACUUCGAGUUCAGCAGUUGGAGGACGAGUUCUAUCGCUUCGUCGCCACUGAUGAAGUCGCAGAGCACCUGCAGUUGCCCCUGGAAACUGUGGACUUCCUGUUCCAAUACUGGAAAUUGAAAAGGAAGGUGAACUUUAACCAGCCGCUCAUCAUGCCGAAGAAAGAGGAAGAAGACAGCCUUGCCCGUCAGGAACAGGAAGUGCUUUUGCGGCGACUCCGCCUCUUCACGCAUUUACGACAGGAUCUAGAGAGGGUGCGUAAUUUGACAUACAUGGUCAGUCGUCGGGAAAGAAUUAAACGAACCUUGUGCAGAAUGCAAGAGCAGAUCUUUCAUCACCACAUCAGACUGCUCGAGCAGGGAAGUGUCGCUGGUAUAUCUUCUACUAGACGUCUGGAGGAGGCUAUGUUUUACUUUCGGACGGCACCUCCUGUACCUGCAUCCCCCCAGCCUUUGAAGGGUCACUGCGGCCAGAACAGCGCCCUGGGCACCACUGUUCAAAAUCAUGUGAAAGGGAGCAACAUUUAUAGAGUCUCAAAGCAUAUUGAAGCAGACAGUCCUGCAAAGAUGCCCAGACUGGAAAGCCUGGUCAUGGACAAUGUUCCCAGUUCUGGGGUCGUUGAUUCAGGCUCUGGAGGUUGUAAGACGGCGGCAUCAGCUAUGGCGACACGUUCGGAGGGCAGGCUGAGGGGCAGUGAAUCUCAUAGAAGAGAUGAGGAGAGCGAGUGCCCCCUGGAGGACAGGAGGAGGAGCAAGCUGUGGGAACAGGUGUCUAUAAAAGACAAACUGAGACAGUCGAAGACUAUGGAGGACACGGUGAAGAAUGAGACUGAGCAUGACAACAUGGAUGACAGAUUACUGCUGUCUCACAGCAGAACCACUGCUAGUUCUGUAGUCACUGCUUCGACCACAUAUAACGGAUCGCCAAGGAAGACAAUCUCAAGCCAACAUCAGGGAAAAAUAGUGGCAAAUGGAACAAGUAGGCGGCAUCUGAAAAACUGGGGCAGUUUCAGAAUCCCUAAACGGAGUGAAAGAACGUCAUCGGGGAAAGAUGGACAGGACAGAAAUGACGUGGUGGACCAAAAUUCUUCCUUAAUUUUUAAUACAAGUCCCGCUGCCGCCUCCCAUCAAAUUAGGACCCGGCUGCGGACAGGAAGUGAGAACCGAAGCCAUGUGAAAGAGUCUGAUCUUGGCCAAUCAGAACAGGGCAAGAGGUGUCAUGCCCAAAGACUUCGAAGCCCGAUGACUAGACGUUAUGGUUCGGACGUGAUCCAACGUGGAGUUCUUGCAUCAUGAAGUGUGUCCAAAUAUAUUAUAUUUCUCAUUUUCAUUUGCUCUUCAAUGAAAGGCGAACAGGUGGAAUGAUAUUUAUUUUUCUAUUCCGUAAUUUUCUGCUGUUGCUGAAACUACUUUUUUUGGGUGUACGUUAAAAACAUACGCAGAGAGGUGUCAAAGACCAAACGAUUGGCUGAUGAAGAAGAAAAAAGUCUUCUCAAUGAAUGAAACUUCAAAUCAGGUGAAAUUAACUGGCACAACUUUUAGAUGAGUUAUGAGCACUUGUGAGGGUGUUACCAGCGUGAAACAAAGCCAGUACGGCCCAACUGUCUUAAGUCCCACAGAAUUACUCAGAAACUUAACUGUUUGAAAGAAUAUCUGACCACAACAGUCUAACCAGUGUCCAAAAUUUAGGAAAGACUUUUAAAUUGAUUUCUCAGCAUUCUGCUAACUUAAAAGGCCAUCAUGUUGUGUGUAUGUGACUUGUGUUCAAGUUGUGGCACCUUUUCCUUCUCAGGUAAAAUCUUAUAUUUGUACCUAAUUUAUAGUGUUAUGUCUUGUUUUUCUUUCAAACAGACUGAGUGUGUAACAGGUUAAUGCCUUAUAUGUACUCUCUUUGGUCUCGAAGUAAUUCCUUUCCAGAAAAAUACAAACAAA